AUGGCAGCCAACCCCGACUUCCUCAAGUACGUCGACGAGCACCAGGACGACUUCAUCCAGCGUCUCAAGUCUGCCGUCGAGAUCCCCUCGGUCUCGGGCAACCUGCAGUACGUCAAGGAUGUCGAGAACAUGGCCGACUUCCUCGUGAAGGAGCUCACCGACCUGGGUGUCGAGGUCAAGAAGUGCCCGAUCGGCGAGCACGAGAUUGACGGCGAGAAGGUUGCUCUCCCGCCCGUCGUCAUUGGCCAGAUCGGCAACGACCCGAAGAAGAAGAACCUGCUGAUCUACGGGCACUACGACGUGCAGCCUGCGCUGAAGGAGGACGGCUGGGACUACGAGCCGUUCACGCUGACGCCGGACCCCUCUGGAUCUGGGCGCCUGUACGGCCGCGGCGCGACGGACGACAAGGGUCCCGUGAUGGCGUGGCUGAACGUGCUGGACGCGCACAAGAAGCUCGGCCUCGAGCUUCCCGUCAACCUCAAGAUGGUCUUUGAGGGCAUGGAGGAGAGCGGCUCGGAGGGCCUGGCCGAGUUCAUCCACAAGGAGAAGGACGGCUUCUUCGCGAACCAGGACUGCAUGUGUAUCUCGGACAACUACUGGCUCGACACCAAGACGCCCUGCCUCACCUACGGCCUGCGCGGUAUUUGCUACUUUGAGGUGUGCGUCGACGGCCCGGACCGCGACCUGCACAGUGGUGUGUUUGGCGGCACGAUCCACGAGCCGAUGACGGACCUCAUUGCGCUCAUGUCCAAGCUCGUCACGCCGCAGGGCGAGAUCCUCGUCCCGGGGAUCAAGGAGCUGAUCGCGCCCGUGACGGCGGACGAGCAGUCCAAAUUCGAGAAGAUCCACUUUGCCAUCAGCGACAUCCAGGGCGCGGUCGGCGGCGACCAGACGCUCAGCGACGACACGGUCAAGACGCUGAUGGGCCGGAUGCGCAACCCCAGUCUCUCGCUGCACGGCAUCGAGGGCGCGUUCUACGCCCCCGGCUCCAAGACCGUGAUCCCCUGCAGCGUCAAGGGCAAGUUCUCGAUCCGCCUCGUGCCCAAUUUGACGGUGGACGAGACGAACAAGCUCGUCGAGGACUACCUCCAGGCCGAAUUCAAGAAGCUCGGAUCCAAGAACCGCCUCAAGGUCGUCUCCAACCAUGGCGGCGAGCCGUGGAUCGCCGACCCCAACCACUACAGCUACCGCGCCGCCCACAAGGCCACCCAGGAGGUCUACGGCCAGGAGCCCGACUACACCCGCGAGGGAGGGUCGAUCCCCGUCACGCUCGACUUUGCCAAUGAGCUCGGCAUCAACAUUCUCCUCCUGCCUGUGGGACGCGGCGACGACGGCGCCCACUCCACCAACGAGAAGAUCGACACGAGCAACUACAUCAACGGCACAAAGCUCCUCGGCUCGUACCUGUACGAGCUGGGCGCGAUCCCGAAGGAGUAA